AUGAAGUUCUCGCCCUCUACUGGAGCCCUCACCGCUGCAUCUCUUGCAGGAUCGGCACUGGCUGGCACUUACAACGUUGCCGACAACAUUGUUGGCAAUGGCUUCUACAAUUCGUUCGGCUUUGAGGCCAUCGCUGAUCCUACUGCCGGACGCGUCAACUACGUCGAUCUGGCUACUGCUCAGAGCUUGAACUUGACCUACACCAAUGGCAAUUCUUUCGUCAUACGAGCAGAUGAUACCACUGUAUUGACUGCGAGCGGCCCUGGAAGGAACUCCGUCCGAGUGAAGUCUAACACUGCAUACACUACCCACGCCGCUAUCUUCGACAUUGCUCACAUGCCCGAAGGUUGUGGAUCUUGGCCCGCUGUCUGGGAAACGAACGAAAGCAACUGGCCUGCUGGUGGCGAGGUUGAUAUUGUCGAGGGUGUUAACAACGUUACUCCCAACCAGGCAACCCUUCACACUAACCCUGGCUGCACCAUUCCCUCCUCUGGAGGCAUGCUUGGAACUGUUGUGAACGCUGACUGUAACGCGGAUGCCACCGGCAACCCUGGCUGUGGUGUCCAAUUCACCGAAGAUAAGAACAGCUUUGGACCUGGUUUUAACGGCGUUGGUGGUGGAUGGUAUGCCGUUGAACGUACCAACAGCGCCAUUAGCGUGUGGUUCUGGGAGCGGGGUUCCACUUCUGUUCCCUCUCAAGUGAGCAGUGGUGCUUCUUCGAUCGACACCUCCACCUGGGGUACACCCGCUGCUUACUUCCCCAGCACAAGCUGUGACAUCUCGACCAUGUUCGAUGCCAACAACAUCAUCAUCAACUUGACCUUCUGCGGUGCCUGGGCAGGUCAAGCCUCAAUCUACUCUGCAUCUGGCUGUCCCUCCGACUGCGUUAGCUACGUCAACGCCAACCCUUCUGCUUUCACCAACGCAUACUUCGAGUUCAACGCCAUCAACGUCUACACUUAA